CAGAGACCCCUGGCAGCCAAUCAUCGUGCGGCUCUCAUGUCUGGGGCAGUUUCAUCAGCCUGGGACUUGAACAGCAAUAAAUGGACAUGAGGUGAGAUGUUUGCAGCUCUUAAGUGGCGUUGGAUGGACCCUAGUAAACAAUGGCAUCUGAACUUUGCCAGGCCAUAUCUGUGGCCAAGCUGGAGAGGCACAAGAAUCUCUUCUUAAAUUAUCGCAACCUUAACCAUUUCCCUCUAGAGCUGCUGAAAGAUGAGGGGCUACAAUAUCUUGAGCGGCUUUACAUGAAAAGGAACUCAUUAACGACUUUGCCAGAAAAUCUUGCCCAGAAACUUCCGAAUCUUGUUGAAUUGUAUCUGCACUCAAAUAACAUUGUAUUUGUUCCAGAAGCUAUCGGCUCAUUGGUGAAGCUGCAGUCAUUGGACCUUAGUGACAAUGCCCUUGAAUUUCUGUGCCCGGACAUUGGGAGGCUGAGAUCAUUGCGUCAUUUACGGUUAACAAACAAUCGGCUGAAAUAUCUCCCUCCAGAAAUUGGAAAGCUAAAAGAGCUUCAAACAUUGGACCUGUCCACCAAUCACUUGGUCACCCUGCCAGAAAAACUGUAUCUUUGUCACUCGUUGCAGUACCUGACAGUGGAUCGAAACCUUCUUCAGAGUGUCCCACGACAUCUUUGCAAGCUAGCCAGUCUAAAUGAGCUCUCCAUGGCUGGAAACCGCUUAGCAUCACUACCAUUGGAUUUGGGAAGAUCUCGUGAACUACAAUAUGUCUAUGUGGAUAACAAUAUUCAGCUUAAAGGCCUCCCUUCUUUCCUGUAUAACAAAGUCAUUGGCUGUAGUGGCUGUGGCUCCCCUGUUCCCAUUCAUGAGAUAAAGCUACUUUCCUUUACAUCUGGGCAGCUCAGCGUCCAUCUUCCGGCAGAGGUGAAAGCCAUAGGUUCUGCAGCAGAUUCUGUGUUACCACUACAAGAACUGGCACUGCGAACCCUUCAUGCUGCUUUCUGCUCAUAUUUAGAAGACAUAAGCUACAUAUCCCCCAUUUCAUUACCUAGAAGUCUCCUGGAGCUUUUGCAGUGCCCCCUUGGACACUGUCACCGUUGCAGUCAAUCUAUGUUUACUAUCGUCUAUCCAAAGCUCUUCCCCCUUCGAGAGACACCCAUGGCUGGGCUUCAUCAGGGGAGGACAGCGGUUAGUUUUGUCGCCUACUGUUGCUCAACCCAGUGUUUGCAGACAUUUGACCUACUAAGUUGAUAAAUCUUUCCUUGCCUCUCCCUUGGUUGUCCUGCCAGUUUGAAACUACCAGGGGUAAUCAACUUCUAAUUUGCAGCUUCUGUGGACUGUAACUCCUUUGACAUCCAUCCAGCCUUUUAUAGUUUUUGUGAACAUCAUCGUGGGAGUUGAGAACCAUGCAAGCUGGAGUGCCUAUAAUAGCCUGUGUCUGGGAUUGUUCUAUCCAUUAAGAACACCACCCAGCAAACCCAGCAGUGACAUUAACUGAUUUACCAGUCCCUGAAAAUUACCACGUCUCAGUGUAGGACAUCUUCUAAAUUGGUCAUCUUCUUUUCAGUCAGUUUAUGAUUUGCUUUCCUUACAACAUGAAUUGCUGUAAACAUCCCUUAA